CGUGUGCUGUAGUAGCAGCAUGGCUUCCUCUGCUAAAAGACGAGCAAUUGGAAGUGGAGAAAACCCUGAAGAAAGUAAUGGCAGCUCGGAUGAAGAAUUAGAGGAGUCUGAAGAGGAGAGUGUAGAUUCAGAAGAGGAAAUAAAUGAGGAAGUGGUGGUGGAUUUUGAGGCACACACAAUAUCUGACAACGAUUUCAACGGGAUUAAGAAACUCCUGCAACAGCUUUUUCUCAAGGCACAUGUUAAUACCUCAGAGCUCACUGAUGUCAUCAUCCAGCAGAACCACAUAGGCAGUGUAAUUAAGCAAGCUGAGCUACCUGAAGACAGUGAUGAUGAGGAUCCAGAUGAAGUGUUUGGGUUCAUCAGCAUUAUAAAUCUGACAGAAAGAAAGGGUUUGGAAAGUGUGGAGCAGAUUAAGGAGCUGGUUUUGGCACAGUGUGAAAAGAUCUGCUCAGCUGCUGUGGUGGAGCAGUUUCAGAAAGUCCUGGAUGACCCAUCUCAGAGUGUCGGUCUGCUGCUUAGUGAACGAUUUAUUAACGUCCCCCCUCAGAUUGCCCUGCCACUCUAUAGACAACUACUGAAGGAGAUGUCUGAGGCACAGAGGACCAAUAAACCCAGUGGGAAAUGUCACUACUGUAUAAUGAUCAGCAAAACCUGUCAGAAAGCCAAGAAGAAGAACACGGCACGAGGGCAAGCUAAGGAAGAACCUACGUUCAUCAAUGCAGAGGAGGAGUUCUUUUAUGAGCAAGCCGUGGUGAAGUUCCAUUUCUCCGUCCAGGAAGAAGCUGAUUCAUGUCACUCAGGACAGUGGUCAUACGAUGAUGUACCUUUGAAACCCUUCCGGACAGUGUCUCUGAUUCCCAUGGACAGAAUGCCAGUUAUUAUGGACAAGCUGAAGGAACAUCUCACAAUUUAAAACACAUUAAUACACACAUUUCUCUACAACACCAGUUUUACCUGUUUAAAUCUGCAUAUAAUACACUCUUCUACACUGAGGAACUGUUGAGCAUAAUUGUCAACACAGAACAGUCUUGCUCAAGUACCUCAGAAUAUUAAAUUAAACACAUGUUUACAGUCUU